AAUAUUGAAAACUUUGGUUUCAAUAUGCGUUCGACCUUCUUUAUUCCCGCCAUUGUGGCAGUCGUUGCCGCCCUGCCCGCUCCUGCUCCUCAGGAGAUUGAUCUUGAUCUGUUUGUCAACAUCCCUACGCCGACUGUCGUUCAAGCAACUGGAACUCCUGACAAUAUCGUCACCUACGAUACCAAAGCAAUCCUUGCCUCGGCUAUCAAGGUCUCUUCAAUCUCUGUCGCUGUGACAGAUGCUGCCUCGUCAACUCCGAGUAUAGUGAAACGUGCAGCUUGCGGACCCGAACCCUCUGGUUAUGGACCUGUUACUACCAACCCGAAGGAUGAUGCUGCUUCGUUUCUAGCUAAUUCUGUUUACGCAAACGCGGCCAAUGCUGCUGCUGUUCCUGUUGGAUAUGCUCAAACGUUCAAGAACUUGAAUGCUUCUAGCAGUGCUUAUGGAUAUCUGGGUUUUACCAAUCUGCAAUCAUACAGCCCUCAAACCUGCGCCACCAAGUGCUGCAUGGGAAUCAACAUCUACUUUGAACGCGAUCCCAAGAUCACCCCUGACAAGACAGCCUGCCCAAACCCUGCCUCGCUGACUCCAGAUCAAAACUACGGCAGAAGCUGGGUAUCGUUCUCGGUUGUAGUGGCUGGCUCCAACGGCUAUGUCAACCAGAACAUUGCCGCACCCUCUGGCUACUCAGACGCCAACUACCUGGGGAACGUAGCUAUCAAUGCACCUUACGACACUCUGGGUUACAACACAUAUAUGGGCGCCAAGGUCUUUGCUGCAGGUCCUUUCAACGCAACACUCUGCGCUGAAGCCUGCAACGCACAGAACGUGUACAACCUUGCCAAUCCCCCCACUGAUGGUAGCCCUAUUCAGACUUGCCAGUUCUUCAACACUUAUAUCUUGUCAUUAAAUGGCAAGACGGCAAUGGGCCAGUACUGUGCGAUGUACAGUGCUACUUGGGCAAACAAGUAUGCUACCAACGCCGGGGCGUGGCAAGGCAACGACCACUACACAGUCGGCUUUUCAUACUCGUUCUCCAACCUCACAAAUGCAGGCACCACCAACAUGGCCGCUGCCGUCGCCCAAGCCAAGGGAGAGAUCUCCGCAUCUUCUCUGCAGAGCUAUUGCAGCACUUUCUUGGGAUACAACGAUCUCAAUGGCUAUGUCACUGCAACUUCCACAAAAACUCCUAUUUCAACUGUCACUUCCACCUCGACACUUGAGAUUAAGGCUUCUUCCUCUUCCUCUUCCUCUUCCUCUUCCUCUUCUUCUUCAUCUAAGGCGACUUCGUUGUCUAAGCGCGCUGUGGCCUCUUCUUCUCUGGCUACACCUACUGCUUUGACAAAGUACCCUGGUAGCAUCAUUUCCAGCGCUUGUUCGGCUNNUUUGGUGACUAGUGUGCCCAAGACUGGCACUGUCACUUUGAGCACUGCUACAGUCACUGGUGCUACCAGCAGAUCUACGGUUGUCAAGACCGUUACAACCACUAUUCGUUAG